UGACGGGCCUAUGAUGUAGAGGCCCCCUAAUCGAUUCUCCCAGCAAGUGAUCACGAUAUUGCAUUCCAGAUACGAUUGUUGAUAUCAAGAUGUUCUUGUAGUGGGGUUAUUCUCUUGUGUCCUUCCUAGCUGUGGCUAUGGUGGAGUUGGAAACCAACUGAACCAGGCCUUGGAUACUUGGAGACUCGCAUUUCGUCAUUAUGGCAUUGACGCCGCCAUGCACCCAUGAGCAUAUAAGAACGCCUCUACCACUCUUCCAACGCCUUCAUACAUUAGCAUCUUUCAUCACUAUUCCUUGACCUGAUUCCGAAAGAACACUACACAACUACAACUUCAAAAUGACGAGCCACACCAACGUCCAAGACCUCCGGAAGCAGGAGACCCGUACUGCUCAGCAGCACAACGGCACAAUCCCCAAGGAAUCGGAAGUCUCCGCCUUGAAGUCCAUUGUCAACGAAAACACCAACAAGUCCAAGGAGAUCGAAGACCACCGGAGCAACCUGCCUUUGCCCGAACAGCCACCAACCGCUAGCGACUGGCAAUCCGCCGACCAGAGAACCGUCAAUAUCGGCUCCGGAGAAGGUCCUCUCUCUGAUGAAUACAACAAUGCUCAGCGGGACCCGGCGACCGCAUCGAGCAGCGUUAGAAUAGACGGAGACGAAUGGCACCACAGCACAGCGCCGUUGGGCAAUGUUGGACGCCAGGCGACGGAGAAUCUGGAUGGCCUUCCGAGGGAUGCUCUUGCUAGGUAAGGGGUAACUUGUAAAUCUAAGAUAUUGUAUUUCUAGCAUACUUUGUUGAGCGAUUGGGAUAAUGCAAGUUUAUGAUUUAUGAUUUUUGGCA